AUCACAUUCAAAUAACCGGUUCAAUCACAGCCGGCAUACAAAUUGAUCCGCACUAAUUUAUAUUCGACGGCAUUUUUGAUGGAAUUUCGUGACUUAAAUUUCUCGUGGAGUUGGUGUUUCAUAAGAUAAAGUUUAAUUGGAAACAGAAAAAUGAAAAUCUUUCACUUUAUUCUGGUGAUAAUGCUUUUGCAGCUGCAAUUGGCUGUUGGAGAUAAAAAACAAAGUAAAAAGUAUUCUCGAGAAGCAAACGAGCAGCAAUACUCCCGGCAAAAACUACAAAAGAUUAGCAAGAAUUCUGAUGAGGGGGAACGGAAACUUACAACUGAACGCUAUGACCCUGACUUCCGCAAUCUACAGCGACCUUUUCGGAUUGCCAAAUUAAAUCUGGUCUGGGCCAAAGCACAAAAUCGAUUGACUGAGCCAAAACUGAAGUCUUUGUACAUGGAGCUUAAGAUACAAGAUAAAGAAGAAAUAGCAUGGAAGCAAUUAAGCUCUCAGCAUAAGGACAAGGAUGGCGUUAAAGAGGCUGAGCUGAGGCAAAAAUUGAUUGGAAUAAUGAGCACGUAUGACUUGCUGGAACAUUUCGAGGAAACCCAGGACAAAGAUAAAGUCAAACCUUAUAAGAAAUUCCAUGAUCCCGACGAUAGUCAUUUGAAUAAGAGUGCAUUCAAAGAUAAAAAACUCAAUCGUCUGUGGGCAAAGGCCGAGGUAUCAGGUUUCACCAAAGAAGAACUGGAUUCACUUAAGCAAGAGUUUCAGCAUCAUCAGGAUAAAGUGGACGUUUACUAUAGUUUAUUAGAAGAUAUUGGUACCGCGGAUGUUAAAAAACAUGAAAAUGCAAUAAAUGAAGAUGAACUAGAGAUAUUUAAUACGAUUUCAAGUGAUCCUAACGACAAUGAAAUUAACACACCUGAAAUGAAUUUAAAAAAAUACGAGACUGAUAUCAACAAGCUACGUGAUCAUCAUCGUGGCAUUAAGGAUCAUUAUGAUCGCUUGGAGCGUUUGAUUUCAUCGGGGCCGCACAGUCAAGACUUUAUUGAGCCAAAAGUACAAGGCUUAUGGCGGGUUGCUCAAGCUAGCAACUUUACUGAAAAGGAAUUAAGUUCUAUUAAAAACGAAUUACAUCAUUUUGAAAGCAGGCUAUUAAAAUUGCGAAAUCUUCACGUUGAGCACGCGAUGCAAAAGGAGAAGUACAAGGAUGAAAAGCACAAGGACAAAAGUGGCCGUUUCGACGAAAUGGAAGAUCAUAUUAAAAAACAAACUCGAAAAGUUGAGAAAAUUCAAGAUACCAUAGAAAAGACAAUUUUUCGACACACUGAGCUGUAGUGCUACCCGGCUUCACUAUUUGAAAAUUAAAGUUGGAAUAUCUCAAAGUUAUUUUUAAGUAAAAGAAGGCCAAAUUUGAAUGUAGUUUUAUAGUGAAUGUAUAUACUAACAUAUUAACAUUUUCUUAGUUUUUUGAUAUUGUUGAAUAUAAAAAUUUGUGCCAGAAGCACUUAUACAAAAAAUAAAAAAACAUAUAUAGUUUCAUAAA